UUCGUAAAAUUUGAAGGCUUUUCGUGCAAAAUGGUCAAUGGAAGGUUUUACUUUGAAAAUGCUUUGAAGUGUAGAAAAUUUAAAAAAAUAUUCAAAUAACUGAUCCUAUUUUAGUUACAAGUGCGUAGUGGUCAGAAUUGAGUGUCCAUAUGAAUUCUAAUGGAUACAAAUCGGUAUAUUGCGUCAAGUGUAAAACAAUAAGAGUUUCCCCAGUGGAGCUAGGUGUUCUUGUCUUGUAAGAAUGUAAAAAUCGAAAACGGGGAAUAAGGUGUCAAGUUUGGAUUUAGAAACAAAGCGAACAAAUGGUGCAUAAAAAGUGAAAAUGAAUAGUCUACUGUUCCAAAUUUCAUCAUUCUCAGUUCUUUUCGGCCAUUCGGAAGCGAUUCCCGUCCCAAAUCGUCCUUUUGGUGAAAAAAAUGUAGCCUUGUUUAGUGUGCUCACGUGUAUUGGAAUCGGUGCCGUCAUUGGCAUGUGUGUUUUCUGUAAGAAGAAAAAAGGCCAUUUUAAGAAGUUCGAAAACGAUGGUAACAUAGAGGAAGUUAAGAAUACCGAGUAUCCUAUUCUAAAAUCUUUGAACUCGCUGGAUGCUAAAAAAUCUGGCGCUAUCAUCCCGAGCAGUCCUACGAAUCUAUCGACUGAUAAUCUUUUGGAUCAAACGGUCCAAUAUCAAAAUGAAUCCGUAUCAUCACACGAAUUGGAUGGCAUCGAAAACUACCACCUGCUGCAAUACCAGAAUGAAAACUAUGCGAAAACUCAAUCGGCUCGUCAUGUUGGCAAAGAAAAUGUAUCCAAAGACGGGCAGGAUUUGUCAACAGUGCUGCAGGACGAUAACGAUGAUUCAAACUCCAAUAUGCUUUUGUCCAGCAAAGAAUCGUUGAGUUCAGCGUCUCCAUUGCCGGGAACUAAAACCAGUUACUCAAUAGAGCAGGAAACCGCCUCACUGAAGAAUUCGGUUGGUUUCGGAGACGAGAGGCCGUUGAUUGACCGCUGCUCGACGGACUUGGAAACGGGCGGUAUUGAUGAGGAAGAUUAUUCUGAACCAAUGAACAUGUCAACCCCACCGCCGACGCGACUCGAUGACAUUACGAUCAGCAUCAGCGAAAGGGCAAGCUUCUACGAUGAGCCUACAUCUGCAGCGACAGGCACAACCAAGGAAUGUGGUGCUCAUGAGGAUGUAACGCCAAUGGAUAGUCUGGAGGAUAAUUCAUCCGUUCAAGAAACCAAUAGUAUAGAAGAGGCACUUCGUGCAUUGGACAUCGCUAUUGAUGGCGAAGAUGAGAGCGAUGACAGCGAUGAUGGAUCCAAUUUCGUGGAUUACCCAGAGGACUUUGGGAAAUUGGCAGAUCACAGGAAUGAUACUGAAAACCGGAACGCAAUCUGUGAUGAAAAGAACUCGUCCUCCGACAGUGGUAUGGAUGAAAUUGAGAUUAGUGAAAAAGUUACCACUCCAGAUAUAAUGCUGCAUGAAUUGGUACGAGAGGAAGCGACCAAAUUAGUAGAUGAAAUAUUACUUUUAUGCCAAAGUCGAAUUGAAGAAAUCAAGGAAUGUGAAGAAAAGGAACUAUUGGAAGCGGAAGUUCCAAUGGAUGAUGAUUUUAAUGAUUUCAAUAGUGGAGUGGUGUUGGAAUGUAGCACACCUUUUGUCGCAAGGAAAGCGUUCGAUGUGAUGGAGGCAAAUAGUAAGCCAAUGGCCAAGCAAGCCCUGUUCUGUGAUGCAAUCGAGAAAACCUAUGUGAUGGCUGAUGGUAUCGAGCAGCUGGGCGACUCAAACAGUGAUAAUAAACAACAUCAAGAGGAAAGUGAAAAUGCUUUUACUAACUUUAAUAAGCCAAAUGUUACCAAGGAUAAUGAUGAGGAUGAUGGCGAUGAUGAACUAGAGCAAAUAUACCCAGUGAAUGAAACGGUUACAAUGUCCCAAAUAAAUGCAACGCACACACUGGCUAAUCCAUCUGAUACAUUUGUGAAAGACCAAGGGUAUAGCUUACCGGAGAUCAUGGUCGAUGCAAUGGUGGAUGAUGCUGCCUCUGAUAAACCAACCGCGACGCCGAUGAAUACCCCAAUUGAGCUAGGAUGUCCGACAACGGCUGACUGGGACCGGUGGCUAUCGGCCAGUGCAACGGCCUGCGAAAUUGACGAUGAAGAUUUGAUCAUCCAAGGACAAGGCGAUGAGGAUUACUUUAGUGGCCAUACGUACGAUGCCGGUUGGUUUUUACAUGCACAGCCUGGAUGCAGCGGAAGCGCGGCCAAUAACAACGACUGCGACAGCAAUGAAACGUACGAUUUGGAUGAAAAUAAUGAUAACCUCGAUUCGACGUACGAUUUGCUAAGAAAACAGUUGGCGGAAAUGCUGCCACAUGCGCAGGGUACCAAAGAAGCCGUAGAAUGUUUUGAAGAAAAUGACACUAGUCCUAAUCACUAUGGAAUUCAAUACGGAGAUCUGGAUGAAGCUAGCAAUGCACCAUCAACAUCAGCGGCAAAAGAUAACGAAAUGAUAAUAAACUAUAAGCGAACUCUGUCACCCAUCAUAGAGGAGAGCGAAGACGAAUCAUUUUAUAACAAAACUUCAUACUACAAGGAAGCUUCCCAUUACAUAGAGAGCACCAGCACUGGAUGUAUGGAGUCUCUCACGGCAAUGGGAGUGAAUAAAAAUCUGAUGGCCUCGAACGAUACGCUUUUCAACUUUGAAGAUGUGCUGGACGAGAUCUUAUCACCGCGUGUACCAUCACAGUCACAUACACCUACCAAUCGGGAUAGGGAAAUUCCCGAUUACUUUUUACGAUCUCCCCGUCAUGAGUUGUCCACAACGGAGUCCGGUACAAGCACUAGUGAAGGCAGGCAACCCCCGAAGAGUCUUGAUUAUGCACCGCAACGAGCACGGGAUUCUUCACUCAGUUCCCCAGGCGAUCCAACUAGGGUUGACUUUUCUCAAGAUUCCACUUUCACUUUAGAGGAAAAAACCUGCAUUUCGUUAAGCAAACCCAACGAGGAAGACGAAAGGAUUUCGGAGAUUUCCGAACCGAUUCUUGUGUCGUCUUCUUCGGGUCUAAACAAGCUACAGGACGAUAACAAUAGCUUGAUGGACGAAGAAAUAGUUUCUAUCGAAGAUGAUUCCUUCGAUGAAAUACUAGAGAAAGAAAAACCAUUAGAAAAUGAGCAGUAUAAUCAUUUUUUAGAUUUACAUAACGCUGCAGCAGAGUCCGUACUAAGCCUAGAGCCACCCGAGCCAGAUGAAAAUUUUGAUCCUACUACUACCGUAGGCAGCACCGGACAGGAUGCGGUGCUUCUGCAGAACAAACUAAACUUAGAAAAUACAUACAAUAAUCGGGGUAUUGAUGAACAAGUGGUAAUCGAAUCCAUUGAUCGAUUUUUGCUUAAGUCCAGGAAUAUUAGUUUGCCAGAAGACAAAAGUACAAAUCCCUUGGUUAAUGGUCACAUAAGUAGUGGUAAGCUAACCAGUAGAUCUGAUGGUAAGAACAUUUGUAUAAACUAUGAUAACUGAGCUAGAACUAUACAUCAGCAAUGUUGUAGAAAUUAAGGUAAAUAAUGGAACCUAAUAAAACUGUUAGAUAUUUAUUAAUGAUUGAUACACUGCAAAACCCGAAUAGACACUGGUUCUGAUUGACGAGAAAUAGUAAUAAUUA